CUGUAGGCAGAAUUUCCAGAGAGAAGAGAUUUCGGAAAACGUAGGCAAAGCGCCGACGCAACAACUAUUUUUUAAUCACAUUAUUGCUGAUGUAUCACAGAUGGAGCGAAGGAAACAUAAAGGGCUUGCUGUUGUUGGGUUUUUGUUCUCUUUAACUGCAUUUGUUGCCCACGGAUUAGCAUCUUAUUUGCCAUACUGGUAUGGCAAGUCUUAUGGUGAUAAUAGUUUUUAUGGUGGAUUAUGGCAACUUUGUACCAAGUAUUCAGGAAAAGUAAAGUGUACAGACAUAACUCCUCUAUGGGAAGAUGAUAAGAAAUGGUAUGAGAGAACUUGCCAAGGUCUAGCGAUGGGCUCUUCAUUCUUAACAUUCAUCGGCGUAAUAAUACUUAUAGUAAAGCUGUGUAAAGGAAAAGAACCUGGCUGCACAAGUGCCUAUCCUGUCUCUCGUGUUUUAUUUUUUAUUGGAGGCCUAAUGAUAUUUGGUGUGACCGGAGUGUGGUCGGCAUAUCAGAGAGAACAAAUUAAAGAAAACAAGAUGUUUGCUUACUGGAUCGAAUGGGGUUCGGGUGUUCUUUUCAUUGUCUCUGCAAUACUGCUUGCAAUACGGAAGUAUGAACCUUCAGAUCCUUAUAGAAAUCCAACACCGAUGAAUCCAACAACUCAAAUACAUCUAAAUAUGGCACCAGUAGCUCAACCAUAUAUGCCGCCACCAGUUCAGGCAUAUCCUUAUAUGGCGAAUCAGGGUUUUGCUAGAUAUUAAUUUGCUUUAAACUAAUCACUUUAUCGUUCUAUAUUCUCAUACUUGUUACUUUAAACUUUGUUUUUGAUUUGUACAAAAUGAUAGGUUAUUAAAGAAUAUCUAUAUAAACUGUUUUUCCUUAUAGGUCACUUUUUCUGUUUAAAUUUUUAGGCAGGAAAAAGGUAGAUAAUGUGAUGUUAAUCAACAGACGUCACAACUAUCAGCAACACAUGUGAUUAUACGGAUACAUAGUGAUCAUUGCGAUGUCCUUUCGAAUUAUAAUUUUGUUAACGUUCCUUGUAUGUCACUAGUGCAAAAUUGAACAUACAAUAAGCGCAAUGAACGAAAGCGAUAGUUGAUUCUUUAUAGAAUUGAUUACCCUUAAAGGAACUGUUUCGUCCGUUUAAUCCUUUACAAAAACAAUAAUAGAUAAAAAAUAAUUUGAAAACAGCAAAUACCUAUAUAACCACUUAAAGAAGAUCUGCAAAUA